AUGGUGGUGGUCAUGCGCAUGUUCGCCAAGAGCAGGUGCCAUAAGCUGAUCGACUCCGUGUUAGGCAACCGCCUCCCGGUGACGAAGGCCCUCGCCUUCCCGACGCCGCGCGUGGCGAGCUACAAGCCGGACACUCGGACGGGAUCGUCGACAAGGAUGGCCUACUUCCCGGAGGACGCGCGGACGCGCCUCCAUCCCGACAACGGCGAGCGCGAGUGCACGGUACCAGCGGGCAAGUUCAAGGAGUGUCUCUACUGCGGGGCGGUCUGGGAGGCGGAGAAGUACCCGUUCAAGCUGGGCAAGACGCAGUCGACGGAGGCGAUCUUCUGGAACCUCCACGGCACCCGCCAGACACCAGGCGCCAAGAUCGACCGACUCAGCACGGCGGCAUCGGCCAGCAGCCCUUACGUGCCGCCUUCCUCGUUGGCACGCUGGUCGCUCGGAGGCCUCGCGGAGGACUACCGGCCCCAGGCGGGCCCGUUCUCCGAGUUCGGACGAGCCGGAGGCACCCUCAGUGCGGGUCAGGCGCGCAGGUACCUCGGCAUGGCGCGGUCGGCCUACCAGACCAUCAGCCUCGAGAAGGACGUGUGCACGAAGAAGCUCAACGCCAGCAAGUUCCCCAGGCGACAUCGCCGAGGUGUCGAUCCGCUGGAGGUCUUCGGCGGCGAGCGCGGCAUCACCAUUCGCGCCGCCGGCCGCGCUCGCGGUUGGAACGUGCGCGGGCUGCAGCCGAUCGACAAGUUCUUCGGUCAGGACUUCAAGAUUCAGCAGGAGCGGCGGAACGUUCUUAGCACGAUCGACAAGUGGCAGCCUCGCCUCGUGGUCAUCCAGUUGCCGUGCCGCUUGUGGACGUUGCUGAACCGCAAUGUCAACUACAAGGACAGGGCCGAGGUUCUGGAGGGCCUGCAAGACGAGGAGAGGUGCUUCCUGACGUUCGCCGCGGACAUCUUCAAUAAGCAGAAGCACUACGGCAACCACGCGCUGCUCGAGAACCCUGCUACGGCGGACUCGUUCUGCGAGGACGUGAUCAUGCAGCUCCGCCAGGACAAUUACGAGUGCACCUCCAACAUGUGCAUGUUCGGCAUGGUCGGCAAGGACGGCCUGCCCAUGAAGAAGCUGGUCAGGUCCCAGGUCUAUACGUGGCAGCUGGCCGACGCGAUCUGCCGAGGCCUGACGAGGGUCAUCGAGCCGGAGGAGUUCUGCCACGGCGUCCAGAUCUGCAGCUACUAUCCGGUGAGCUACGACAAGCCGGCGUCGCACGUUCACCAGGUGUGCUACGCGGCACCCAACAUGGAGGAGCCCCCCUGGCGGGCUAUCAUGAGCGGCGUGGUGGACAUCAUGAGUCGCCGUAACGCCGGUUCGGCUACUGUUGCGAAGGACUCCGAGAUGUGGAAGCAGGUGGAGGAGCUCAUUCCCUGGCAGCUGCUCAGUAUCCAGGCCGCCUUCCAACCGAAGGCCAAGCGGCUCCGACCAGAGUUUGGGCACGACGUCCACCAAUGCUCGGUCCUGGUUCAGGAGGACAACCAGCUGGUCAUCGAGCAUGAGUACGUCCCUGACGCCUACGCCCCGCGCGAGAGGUUCCAGACGCCAUCCCACCUCGACCUCCUGUCGGAGGCGAGUCACGACAACCUUUGCCAGUUCCAGCGCCAGGUGAGCCACAGCCUGAGGAGCUCCAACCGUCUACCGUUCAGCAGCGCGCCAGUGACGAUCUGGUUCGCAGGUCCGCCUCUGACGGCGGAGGAGAAGCGCGCGGCCCCGAUCGCGGCGCGGAUGCAUCAGAACCUGAGCCACCCGCUGCAGCCCGACUCCACUCGGUUCUUGAACAGCGGCGAUGCCAGCCAGGUCGUCAUUGACUUACGCCGCAGGCUUCGGUGCAGUUCGUGUCUCAGGAACGUGAAGCCGCGCCGACCGAGACCGGGCAAGAUCCCCUACAUCGGCUCGUUCAACUCGAGGGUCGGCCUCGACUUUUUCUACCUGCCCGACGCCGCGCACAACACUCACCAGUUCCUGGGCAUUCUGGAGAUGUCAGGCCUGCUGAGGAUGGUUGUUUACUGCCCGACCAGGGACCCAGCUCACGUGCUCGAGGUCUUCACUAUGUGUUGGCUGUCAUGGGCCGGGUAUCCUGAUCACGUGGUGCGCGAUCGCGACGGAGCCUUUCAGGCCAUCUUCGUCGAGCACCUGGAUGAACACGAGGUGUUGGUCGAGAAGAUCCCCGCUGAGGCCCCCUGGCAGUCGGGCCGCGUGGAGGCUAACAUCGCCCUCUGGAAGCACAUGGCGCAGCGAGUUAUCGACGCGAUGCAGCUGAUCGGCCCCGACGACAUGAAGCUGAUGACUGUGCCGAUCAACCAGUCUCGGAUCUGGCGAGUGCGCCAGUGCGGAGCUUCACCAUAUCAAUGGACUUUUGGCAAGGAUCCCAGGAUUCCCGACAGCAUCACCGACCCUGCCAACUCCGCGGUGGUUCACAGUGCGAUGACAGCAGACGCCGAGCUCGCAAAGAGGGCUCGCAUCCGCGUUCUGGCGGACAUGGCGUUCACCGAGUACGACAGGUCCGAUUCUCUCAGGAGGUCGAUGCUCCGGGUCAACCGGCCCAACCGAGGCGACUACACCGCUGGCGACCGCGUGGCGUUCUGGCGGCUGCCCAAGAACAAGAAGGGCAAGCAGUACCCGGCGCGGUUCAUCGUGGCGACGGUGAUCGGACCUGGCGGCAGCGGCGGACCAGACGACAACAACGUCUGGGUUCAGUCGUCAGGACAUCCCAUCCUGGUCUCGAAGGAGCAGCUGCGCGAAGCCCACGGCACCGAGAUGUGGGUUCCCGACGACACCGACCUGGCCGAGCUACGAAGAGUGGCCGUGAGCGUCAACAGCCGCCACAUCAGGAAGCUCUGCCAGGGCCACCGCCGCAAACUCAUGCGGUUGAACCGCCACCAGCUCCGGAGGCGAUGCGCGAUAACCUUCUGCCAGCCGUUCGACCUCUACCAGAAGCUGCAGCUGCCGAAGGAGCCCGUCGUGCCCGUGUUCGACUCCGAGCGCGACGCGCACGACAACAUGCCGGUCCGCGAGGUCUACCUCACCACGAACGGCCAGUUCACCAUGGCGAAGAAAGACCAGAAGGCGCUCAUCAGGGAGAUCCCGUGGUCGCAGAUUCCCGAUGGUCAGAAGCAGCUUUAUCGGGGCGCUCUGGCGCGCGAAUGGUCGUCAUGGCAACGUUUCUCAGCAGUGGAGGUCCUGGACCUCAAGAUUUCCAAGCAGAUCGAGCUGGACGUCGAAGAGAAGAAGCGGAUCAUUCCAUCGAGGGUUUGCUAUCGCGACAAGAACGCUGUCCGAGGUGUUUCGGAGAUCGACGCGAAGGCUCGCCUCGUCGGCGUCGGCCGCAACGACCCGGACAUCCUGACUCUGAGGCGCGACGCGCCAACUCUGACACGUGCUGGCUUCUACAUCCUCUUGCAGGUAGUGGCUAGUUGGAACUGCAACCUCUUCGGCGGUGAUGUCACCGCAGCCUUCCCUCAGGGUGCCCUACUGCUGGUGCGCCGCUCGAUUUACGGUUUCGUGAACAGUCCUCGCCUCUGGUGGCGUAAGCUCCGUGACUUUCUGAUCAGCAUCGGUGGCAAGCAGUGUCUGCUGGACAAGGCACUUUUCUGUUUCUACAAGGCUGGGCGCUUGGUGCUGAUCGUGGGCAUUCACGUGGGCGAUCUCAUUGGUGGUGUGGAUCCGAUACAUGGUGCUGAUUUGGUUGACAAAAUACGCAAUCGUUUCACUUUCGGCAAAUGGUGGGACAAUGAGUUGACUUAUUGUGGCAAGCGCGUUGUCAAGCAAGCAGACUGCAGUGUUUUCGUCAACCAGUGCGAGUUCUCCGCUCAGUGUAUUCCGGCUCCCCUACCACGCUGGAGAUCGGCAACACCAGAUGCGACACUGUCUGCAGAGGAGAAGACCCAUUUCUCAAGUGGCGUGGGCUCGUGUCAGUGGCUUGUUGGCCAAUCAAGGCCAGAUCUGGCAGCAGCGACGUCACUCGGACAAGGCAGCAAUCCAACCAUCUCGAACCUCAUGGCCAUCAACCGCAUUCUGCGCGAGGCUCGCGACACCAAGGACGCUGGUCUCACCAUUGUUGGUUUGGAUUUCUUACGUGCCGUCCUCGCGACGUUCACUGACGCGGCAUGGGCCACUGCCCAAGAGAAUCUGAGUCAGGCUGGCUUCAUGGUUUUCUGUGCUGAUGUGAGAUGUCUCACCUCGCGCGGUGGAGCCGCUUCGCUACUGGACUGGCGUUCUCAUCGUAUCCGACGAGUAGUACGCAGCACGUUAGCAGCAGAGGCAAUGGCAAUGGACGCAGGUGUCGAUACUGCAUAUUUCCUUCGGCACUUGUUCGCUGAGAUCCUGUUCGAGGAUUUCCGGCCAGGCCUUUCGGGCAAGCUUCCAGCAGAUUUCAGGCCCAUCAAGGUGGCCACGGACUGCAAGUCUUUGUACGAUAUUCUCACCAAGGAAGGCACGCCCUCGACUACGCUCGAGCGACGCCUGAGCAUCGAUAUCGCUGCGGUGGCACAUACGGCCGAGGAUUUUGAUGACGAGAACCCGAAGCACACGGUGUUCUGGGUUCCUACCGAUAAGCAGAUUGCCGACCAUCUCGCGAAGGUCAAGCCGCCUGGUCAGCUUCGCGAGCUCCUUUUUCAGAGUUGGUUGAGCUUGCGCUCCGAUCAGAACCUGCCCUCGUAG